CGGGGUGGUGGGGGUUCUGCCGGGUGAAGUUCGGGCGUCGAAAAAUAAUUCUGGAAUGCGACAUCAUCGAACGCGCCGGAGCACUUGAACACUACACCGCACUAUACCUCUCACACACGUCAACCCCCUCUCCAACUACCGACCAAAGCGUAUCCGAUACCUGAGCAUUGAAUAGACUCGGAUAUCCUAUACACCGCAGCCCGCGCAACCCACGACACCCCUACGCGAUCCCUCCCACGCGCCCGACCCUGGGACGAACCUUCACAACACCAUGGCGCGCCAAAAUCCCAACAUUGUUAUUACGGGCACACCUGGAGUAGGAAAGACGACACAUGCGGAGCAAUUAGCGCAAGCGACGGGGUUCCAGCAUAUCUCGGUGAACCAAAUAGUAAAAGACGAAGGAUACCACGAGGGCAAAGACGAAGAGACAGGGAGUUGGAUUGUAGAUGAAGAUAAGCUGCUCGACCACCUAGAAUCCCUCUCCCUCGCCGACAAAGGCGGCUACAUCCUCGACUGGCACGCCUGCGACCUCUUCCCCGAGCGCUGGAUCGACCUCGUCAUCGUGCUGCGCUGCGACUCGACACUGCUAUACGACCGCCUUACCGCGCGCGGCUACAAGGGGAAGAAGCUAGAGGAGAAUAUGGAUAGUGAGAUUAUGCAGGUGUUGCUUGAUGAGGCGAGGGAGAGCUAUAAAGAGGAGAUUGUGGUGGAGUUGAAGAGCGAGAGUAAUGAGGAUGUUGAGGGGAAUCUGGAGAGGGUGGAAAAGUGGGUUGAGAAUUGGAGGAGGGACAGGCAAGAGGAGUAGUGGGAUGUGCGGGAAAUGGGUGAGGUGCUGAGAACGGACGGAUGGGUGUGAUGUAUGUGAUGUGCUAUGUGUUAUGAUACCAGUACGGCAUUUCUGGAAUGAUGAUGGUGGGUGUAGUGGCUUCAUGCACCGCCCAAUACUCUCAAUUGAGAAAUAUGAGCACAAUAAUGAUCGUUGAGCUCUACGCCU